GCAGGGGCGGGGCGGGGCGGAAGGCGAGUCACGUGAGCGCGCGGCCGCCAUUUUAUCAGCGGCACCGGCGGCGGCAGGAGAAUGGAAAUGCGAGGUUGAACUGCACAAGGAUUGAACAUGGAGUUGGUGAAGAACGUUCACUCUGGCCUCCCUCUCCCUGAGCCACACUCCGAAAUCCAGCGGCUCUCUCUGGUCCGUGGUGAUUACCUCUACUAUCAUUACGGCUGUGAUGGGACAGACGACUGUGGCUGGGGCUGCGGUUACCGGACGAUGCAGACUCUCUCCUCCUGGGUUAUUCUGCAGCAGACGAACAUAAAGAACCACCAGGUGCCUACCUUGAAGGAAGUGCAGGAGGCACUGGUGGAGAUGGAGGAUAAGCCCCCGAACUUCAUUGGUUCCAAGACCUGGAUUGGCUCCUUCGAGAUCGCGCUGUGCAUCGACAAGUUCUAUGACAUCCCAUGCAAAUUGAUUCAUGUGCGGCGAGGGGGCGAGCUCUUGCAGAAAGUCGACGAGCUCUACCUGCACUUUGACACACUGGGGUCCCCUGUCAUGAUGGGCGGUGACAAUGACAAUGCUUCAAAGGGGAUUCUGGGCAUGUGCACAGGCACAGAGAACCACUACUUCCUCGUCCUGGAUCCCCAUUAUUCUGGGAAGACCCUGGACAAGGAAUAUGCCCAAAGGAAAGGCUGGGUUGCUUGGAAGAAGCUGGACUUGUUUGACCAGAAUUCGUUCUAUAAUUUCUGCCUCCCUCAGUGUAAAGGUGUGUAACCUAGUAACUUCACUGCCGCACACUGUUACUGUUCACAAGUGUCAUGUCCGUCUGCUGUGUUGUGAUCUAUUUAUUAAACAGCCAUGAUAAUUGGCUGAAUUGAAGCUUCAAGUAAACAAUUCUCAGUAAAACAUGCUCCCUGUCCAAGGUUAAUGUAACAUGGUUCUGUGUCCCAUGAGAUGAAGGGGUGGGGUAUUCGAGGAGCAGGCCUUUCUGACUGAAAGGGUGAAUGUGGGGUAACAUCAAAGGAAUAUCUUAUUGUUCUUUGCAAGGGCCAGCAUUUGUUACCUGUCCUUAAUUCCCCUUGAUCUGAGUGGCCUGCCAGACCAUCAGUUGGCAGUUCAGUCAAUGAUAUUGCUGACAAUCUGGAGUCAUAUGUAGGUCAGACAGGGUGAGGAUGGUGGAUCACAUUCCCUCAAGGACAUUAGUGAAACAGAUGGUUUUUUUCAACGAUCACCAUCAUACCCUUUCUUGUUAUGAUGUACCUGUAUCCAUUAUGUGUAUUCUGAUAUAUCCCCUUAAAGUACCACAUCUAGAAUGACUCAUUCCUUCUCCUUUAAACAAUGUAAAAUUCAAUCAUAUUAUAAUAGUUGCUACCUGGGUUUUUUUCAGUGAGGUCAUGAAUUAAUCCUAUCUCACUACACAAUACCAUAUCUAGUGUAGCCUGCUCCCUGGGAUUAGAUCCUGAAUAUUCUUUUCUAAGAAACUAUUCUGAAAACAUUCUCUGAACUCACCUAUGCUAUAUUUAUCAAUCUGAUUUUUCCAGUCUGUAUGUAGCUCAAAAUCUUCCAUGUAGCUUUUUGACACGUUCCAUUACUUCAUCUUUUAUGCUUUAAACUAUUUUGUGAUUACUGUUAAAGGCACUUUCUACCACUUCCACAUGUGAUUUCUUGCCUUUUAUCAUUUCAUAUUCCUAGCCAAAUUGUCUCCACACCUUGGUUUCCUGAAUUUAGGUCAUCCAUCUCUAUUGUGAUGAUACCAUCAAUAACUAACACUUUACAUUUCCUAGUUUGCUGUCCUGCUUUCAAUGUGUACCUUCAAUAUUAUGCACCUAAUCCAUCUCAAUCUGCAGCCAUGUCUAUGUAAUGUUACCAGAUCAUAUUUAUAUUUAUCUUGUUCAAAUACUGUAUGCAAUCAUAUUAUUUUAUUUCCCUUUAAUUUUUUUCUGUUGGAAUUGUAGUCUGUCCCUUCCGGUCAUGGUCUGUUUAUAUUUCCCCUAUUAUUACUUCUCUCUUUUGCCUUGACUCUAUUCUUUAAUUUACCUCAUCCUCCCGAAUUUAUUCCCUUGCCACUAUUAGUUUAAAGUUCCCAUCCACUUGUCAAGUUAUGCAGCCCGCUAGAAUCAGCAUGGUUCACGUAUAAGAGGUGUCCUAACAGUAUCGAUCCCAUUCUCCCCUGAACUGGUGUCAGUUCCCUAUGAACCAGAGCCUAUUUCUCCCACAACAAUCUUAGAGCCACGCAUUCAUCCCUUUGAUUUACUCAAUUGACAAUCUGUACGUGGCUGAGGUAAUAGCCUAGAAAUUAAUACCUUUGAGGAGGUUUUUAAAAAUUUGGUCCUAACUACUCACUCUGACUAUGCAGAAACUCUUUUUCAUUAUCAUAUAUUGCUGGAUUGUUGAAUCACAUCUCUGUCAUCUUCUACCUGGUAUCUCUUAGCCUUAGCAACUGCUAACCUGAGUUGCUAUUGUGUGCAAACACAUCUGUUGCUGAAUUGGGAUUCAGUGGUUCUGGUUUGAACUUGAGACAAAAUUAUACAUUUGGUUGGUUGUAACUUGCACUUCUGGGAUAGGAUCAGGCUUAACCGUGCUUGAUACUUUAGUCAGUUCCUAACAACACUCAUUUGCCAGGACUGCAAGUGGCUGUUUGAGAUUCUGAAAUGUUUCCUGGAUCUAUGUGACUAUAACGAGUCAGCACAGCUCCAAGGAUCAGAGGAACAAAAUAAAAUUACAUUGUCAAUUAGUUUAAACAUGUUUAUUUGUAGAUACUGAUCAUUGUCAAACUGAUUGGUUUCAACUUGCAAACUUGUUACUCCUAAAUGUGCAAAGGGCUCUGCAUAGCCAUAUGAGAUUUUACUUGCAUUCAAUGGGUAAAAUUAAAAUAACACAUUCGUGUUUAGUUUUACCCUAUCUGCCGUACAAUACCAAGGAUUACACAAUUGGUCAUAUUCCUGCCUCUGAGCUGGAAAGCCCAAACUGAGGUCUCACACCAGCACUGAAAACUCCAGCCAUGGUGGUGGUGGAGGAGUUGUAUAAAUAGUCUGUAUCUGUGCUGGUCCCUCAGCCUGGAUAAAUGGGAAGGGUGAGCGGUUGGAAUCAUCUAUUCUUCACACUUGCCGCUGGGUGCAAUAGGGUUAGCAUUGUUUCCUCAUGAAUCCUCUGAAUUGUACACACUUAAAAUAAAGAUGCAAACAUUUACACCAAAAAAAUUACUGUUUUAUAAAUCGAGUGAAAUAUUGUCACACAUAAAAUCUCACUAUUAUCAUUCGACUGUGGCCUUACUGCCCAACAUUGAGAAACAAAGCAAAAUUUUAAACACACAACCUGCAUAAUCCUGAGAUUGUAAUGCAAAAUUGCAGACUUGUGUGAUUAAAGAUGUAACGUCAUGCUAACAAACCUCAUCCCCAUCAACUAUGAUUCAAUUUUAAUUGAAAAUUGUUGCAAUCCCUCAGUAAGAACCGAAUGAGAUCCUGUAAGAGCAGGAGCUGUUGUAAGUUGGUCUAAACUCCACACCAUUUUGCUUUGGAUCUCAAUAUUCCAAAUCUUUAGCUUGUAUCCUUGCUUGGGAUCCCGACACCAACGUUAGAAGCUCUGUGUUGUAAAUGUUGUUAUAUAUAUGGAUAAAGUUCCUGUGUACUUAAUUAAAUCGCAUCAAUAUUGCUGUUGGUUUAUCGUGGCUAAAAGAUGUGAAAUUCCAUUUUUAUUAAAAUGAGAUCUUGCAGAACAAUUAA